AUGGCUACGCUGCGCCGGCUGCGCGAGGCGCCCCGGCACCUGCUGGUCUGCGAGAAGUCCAACUUCGGCCAUGACAAGUCGCGCCACCGGCAUCUCGUGGAGACGCACUAUCACAAUUACAGGGUUUCCUUUCUGAUUCCUGAAUGUGGGAUACUAUCAAAAGAACUGAAAGAUCUGGUUAUGGAAUUCGGACCCUAUUACCUUGUGAAGGAUUUACCUCUUUAUGAGUUAAUCACACACGAAUUCAUCAAUACUUUCGUCAAGAAAGGUUCGUGCUAUGCGCUGACAUACAGCACAAAUAUUGAUGAGGAUAAUACUGUUGCCCUGCUGCCAGCUGGGAAAUUAAUUUUAUCACUGGAUAAAGACACUUAUGAAGAAACUGGACUUCAGGGUCGUCCGUCUCAGUAUUCUGGCAGGAAGACCAUGAGAUUCAUUGUUUCCAUUGAUCUGAUGGAUUUAUCCUCUAACCUGGAGUCUAAGAAGUAUAAAAGAGUAUCUUGGGCCUUCAGAGAAAAGAAGCCGUUGAAGUUUGAUUUUCUUUUGGCGUGGCAUCAAACAGGUACAGAAGGAUCCAUGAUGAUGUCAUACUUUUCCGGUUACGGAAUUCAGGAGCAUCAGCCAAAAAUAUCGCUGAGCACGUCGCGGGACCUGCGGUGCCCGGUGCUGCAGAGUGGCCGGCUCGGGGGCGAGCCGGAGGCGGCCUGCAGCGCCCGCGAGCUCUUCGACUGGCUGGGCGCCGUCUUCUGUCACGCAGACCUAAACAAUGAGCCUUAUAAUUUUGUGUCAACCUACUGCUGUCCUCAGCCAAGCACUGUGGUGGCCCAGGCGUCCUUGUGCACCGUCACGGGGUUCAUCCUCCCAGAGAGGAUAUGUGUCCUUUUGGAACGGCUGUGUCGCUACUUUGACGAACCAAAGUUGGCCCCGUGGGUGACGCUGUCUGUUCAAGGCUUUGCAGACAGCCCUGUUUCCUGGAGAGAAAAUGAACACGGUUUUCAGAAAGGAGGAGAACAUUUAUACAACUUCGUGAUCUUUAACAAUCGGGACUACUGGCUUCAGAUGGCUGUGGGUGCAAAUGACGACUGUCCACCAUGA